AUGCGUGAAAGGUUUGCCAGGAAUGAAAGUCAAAUCAUCAAGAUUGACGAAUUCGACGUAAAAUAUUGUGCUGACGAGGCGAUCCAAUGGUAUACACAAGAUACAUUUUUAUAUCGUGAACUGAAUAAAGCAAUACGUACACCAGACUUCGAUGUUUCGUUUGCAUUUCGUUUUUAUAUUCGUGAUAUUUAUAAACAACUUGAGAAGUUGUAUAAAGAACAGGAGUCUUAUCUGCAUACAUGGAAGUUUUACCGUGGUCAACUAAUGCAAACUAGAGAAGUUGAACGAUUGACUGCUGGAAAAAUAAUAUCCGUCAAUAGUUUUUUCUCUACUUCUAUCAAUAAAGAAGUUGCCAUUAAGUACGCAGGUCCACCAGAAGAAUCAAGCGGUCUCGUUGGAGUACUGUUCGAAAUCGAAGUUAAAACCUAUCAACCACCCAAGAACAAACCAUACGCAUAUAUAAGCAAUUGUGGCAGUGAAGAAGAAGAAGUUUUAUUUAUGCUGGGCACCGUUUUUCGUCUGAAAGAACGUAAAUAUGACGAAAGCAAGCAUUUGUGGAAUUUUGCGCUAGAACUCUGCGGAGAAGAAGACGAAGACUUGAAAGCUGCUGAAAUAUCAGGGGAAGAAGAGAUUAAUAAAAAUGACAAUAGUAAUUCGUUCUACGGUCUACUCUGUUCUUUGAAUAACAAAAUUAAGAGUUUACAACAGCAGUUCUCGGACGGUUUCGAUGAAUGCACUGUUGAUUCGCUCCGAGAUAAGAGUGUUUCACUUGUGAACAAAGUUUGGGAAGGCACUGAAGAUCCUGAUGCAAAAUCAAUUCAAGAAAGCCAGAUUCAAUUGGUGAAACAAAUCUACGAAGACAUUGAAACACCACCUAAAGAGUAUAUAAAAAAGACAUUUAUUCAUAGUCUUAAAGUUGUGGCCCAGCUAUCUGGAGACGUGAAAGACCCUAUUAGAAAAUCGGAAAAAGAAAAUGUUCUAAGUAUUAGUGAUAGCAAAACAUUCAACUGGUGUGCUCAGUCUUUGGGGAAUAUGAUCGAUAAUGAAACGGAGAACGAGUCGAAAGAAGAGCAGAAGGCUGACAUGGGAUUAAUGGCGGAAACACUCGUUCAAGGAGUCGCAUGUGUUUUGCACGAUCUUGGAAUUCCUAGUAACGAAGGGAUAACGCAAAAUAUUAGUGAAGAUGGUAGCAAUAAUUCUCAUUCAUUAGUGGCUAAUUUAGUUGAGAAAAUUAAAGGUCUAGGUGAACAACUGUUGAAUACUAGAUCUUCUCUAACCAUCUCGUCUCGCAAUGCCUUUCCUCCACUUGAGCUUGAUUAG